AUGGCGGGGAGAAUGGAAAUCGCCAGUGCCGCGAAGACGGUCGGUGAACUCCGCUCUGCUUUUGCUUCUGCUACGGCGAAGGCGGGGCUGGCUGUUUCUGCUCAGGAUGUGUUUCUGAAGAAGGACACAACUGCUUCCACCUCUUCGGAUUCCAUCUACGACUGGAUUUUCCCGUAUCGCAAGAAAAAAGUGUUACAGUUGCACAUUGUGUUGCAGGCCAAGCAAGACAGACAAGCUCUGUCAUGCCGGAUAUGCAUAGGAGCAUCGUUCCAUAGGUGUUUUCCCGUCGGAUUUCUGCAUGACAUGUUUUCCUUCUCAUGCUGACAAAUUUGUGUUGCUAAAUUGACUACAAAUGUGUAACUGUAACACUUUUUUCGUGGGAUAUCCCGGUGUCUUUUCCCAAUACGGAAACCGAUUUCUACUCCUUUUCGUACAACUUCCUCACUGCGAGUGACUCCGAGAACAUCGACACAACUUCUCCAAUUGCUGUGUUUCUGAAGGAGCAGCUCGGGGGGGGCAUUGCGGUGAAAAUCUUUCAGGAAUCGGUGAAGCAAACCGCCUAUGUCCAGGUGAAGGCUGGAUUGGCUGGUGCUAGUUUCACCGGUAACCGGAUGAUGCUCAGGUUUGCGGCCGCAGGGGUUGCGGAGGGGGAGCAGAGUUCUAUCGGAAAGAUCGCGGGAGAAGAUUCCUAUUACGGGAUCGACGUUCCGAGCUGCAAGGCACUGAGUGAUGCAACGGCGAACGCCCGGACGGUUUUUGUCCCCGCGGUGCGGAGUGCGAAGUCGUUUGAGAACGUGCUUGUUGCAAGUAGUUCUGGUUCAUCCAGCACUCCCGCCAUCCAGAUCGGUUCUGUCUUGAACAAGUUCACCUCCCCAACGCACAACUUCGCCGGCGUUCUGGCGAAAUUGCAGCAGAACUACGCUAAAUCCGGAACCCUGUCCGCGCAACUUAGUGGGAGUUUGAACCUCGGGGGGACUAGCAACAGUGUGGUCAGUUUAGAACCCGGUUUGGUCACUUCUGGUGUUGGGGAAGAAGAUUUCUUAACGGCAGCGAGUCUAAAACAUUCUCAAUUCCUCUAUAUCGAGUUUUUGUUCAAACUCGAGGAGGACACGGAAAACACCUACGCUUCCCACACGGACGCCGAAUGUGCAGCGAAACUCUCCACUGCGAUCGAAAACUGCUUCAAGGAAGCGAAAUUCUUCGGCAGUCUUUUCGCAAAAGGCCAGAACAUUGCGGAAGCAAGUCCACAAAUCUUCAAGAUCGCAGCAACCAAGAAGCCGAUGGAACAAGAAAAAGUCUUCAUCGUCCACUUGAUUCUGAAAAACGCGAAACCAAAUUCCGUCGCGACAAUCCUGAACGAGUUCCGGAAGGAAGCGGUUUUCAACCCCGCGGACAAUUCAACUUUGACAGUUCUCGAAAGGUCGUUGAAGGACGAGAACUUUCUGUCCGCCCAAGAGUUGACCGCUGGAGCGUUUCAACCUGUCGCUUCUACGGGGUCUUACAGCCGAACUGCGGUGGUUUCGAACGCGAUCCACGGGUCGCUGACGAUCACGCACAAGGUGAGAGAAACUGGUUGUUUGGAAGACGCGGUUUCCCAAUUCUUGACGAAAGCUAUGGACAGCGGGUUCGCCGAACCAAUUCCUUUUGUCGCGGUGGAGUGCGAUAAAACGGUUGCUUCCGACACCACUGCGGUCUCUACUGUCUGUGGUUUCGCGAUCCCGACGAAGAAGACGAGUUUUCAGUACCAGCAGUAUUUUACUUCCAACGGGGAAACCUCCCGGAAGAACUACUUCGGGAAUCUGCUCAGUGCGUUGAUCGCUUCCCCGACUGGAAUUGUGUACAAGAAUUACAAUGGAAACGUCGCUGCUGAUGGAACGAACGUGCCGACUAGUGAUGAGAAAGUUUCCACUUUCUCUUCCCUCGGAGCCGACGUGAAACACUUAGUUUUCGCGGAAUCGCCGGAAUACUCGUUAACCAAACUCGUGACCACUAUGCCGGGCGACGAUAAUGUCGAGAAGAAGUCGAAGCUGACCGCAGUUUUGGCUUCUUCUUUAUCCAAAACGCUACCUGCGGCGGUUAAGCAGUUCGUUUCUCUCUCCACUUCCGACGCGAACGCGCUUCUGACGAAGCAUAAUUCCAUUGUCGGGCCUUUGACAGGGACGGUAGCCGAUUCGGUGUCUUUUGUCUUCCCCAUCCCGCUCAUCCACUAUCCGAGUUCCAACACCAACGCGGUUAAAACCGUCAGCAUCUUCAACGCGUUUGAAGACAGUGACAAUUGUGAAAAUCAGUGGAAAACGGAGAUGAAGAAAAUUGUCGCUUUGGAAAAUUCGAACAGUGUGAAAGUCGAAGCAACGUCGACGUAUGAUUCCGCGAAGUACUCCGCGACUGGGCAAGAUAAAUUAAUCGGUCCGGCGGAAGCGAGCGCCUCUUCCGCAACGACCAGUCUGCAGACCACUUUCAUCACCUUCCAGGGAACUUUCACGGCGAUUGACUUCUUCCAGGGGGAAAUCGCCGCUGCGAAGAAGGAGUUGGAGAAGGAUAGUUUUGUCGAGGGAAUUCUCCAGAGCGCUGUUUUUGAAGUGCUAACGUCACCGAGUAACGGGAGUGGGUUGCAAUAUGUCUCCAACCAGGUGAAGGACAGUUUGAAUCCACCAUUCACCGCGCACUUUAAAAAGUUGGAGAAUGUCGGGGUCGUUCUCCAGCCGGACGUCCCCACUGUGGAUGCCGAUCCGAGUACUUACCCGUACCCGACCACCAAAGAUGCGAACCGGGGGAGAAGUUUCACGGUUUACAUUCGCGUGGAUGGGCCUCUGUUCUCGAAGGGGGAGAGAGAAUCGACUUUCACAAGAUUAGCACAGUCUCUCACUUCUCACUCGUCCGGCCACACUUUCGCGAGUUUGGUGAAAGCGGAGGUGAAUGCGAAUUCCAUACUGCAGAUAUGAUUUGUAAAAACGUCCCCAGCCAAGAGCUGUCAUGCAGAAUUGCAAUGACCGGAGCAUUUGUAAUGCGCAUCUCCAUGAGAAGCAUUUGCAAUUGUGUGUUGGAAUUUGUGAUGCUCGAAACGGGAUAAGGAGAGGGCUUUGUGAUGCGUUUCUCCGUGCUAACUUGCAGUACACUACAAAGACGAGCUUGUCAUGCAUGGCUCGCAAAACUCCUGGAUUUGUGUUGCAAUGUCCCCAUCUUGAUGACUCUGGGGUGUGGACGUUUUUGCUUAGGAUAUCAGAUCGACACGGUUGCGCUCGACAAAACCUCCUUAUCGUUCGCGAACCACGGGUAUCAAAUGCAAAAAGGUCUGGGUCUGGAAACUUGUGAUGCUAGUUUGUGAAUGGUGGGCGCAUAUACAUAUGCAGCCACGCAUGACAAGUUUUUGAGCUCCUGUGUGUUUCGCAUUCCGCAUGACAAACUGCAUACAUGGCAGGGAAGAGCCUUCUUUCCUGCUCAUGCAUUACAGAUUUAAGAGUCAUGUGAGACAAGCAUGACAAACUUGCUUUCUUCCAGACCCAGACAUGUUUGCAAUGCAUAACGGGGAGGCGACGAUUCAAAUCGAAUUCGCGGGCGCGACGCCCGCGGAUAGUGCCACGAACCUCAAAGCGGCAAUCGAGCCCUACACCACCGGACAGGAUUUUCGCAAGAAGUUCGCGGAGGCGGUUUCUCUCGUUUGUGGGUCGCACGUGCAUCCGGGGAUGGUGCGGUUCCAACCGGCGUAUGAUCCGAGUUCCGCGGAUUUUUGGUGGGACCAGAGCACGCUUUCCGCGUCUUUUUCCGCUGCGUAUCAAAAGGAAAGAUCCCCCCUCCCCAUAUCAAAACGAAGUUUCUGACGCUGGAUUUGCGUACACAAAUCAGAUUUGUCUUGCUGGAGAGGGCGGCAGGCUUAUACUAAGCCCGAGCUGGGAAGUUUUGAGCUAGGCGCUGAGCAUGGCAAACGUGUAGUCUGUAGGGCCGACAGCAUCACAAACCGCCAACAGAGUGCGGCAGAGCCUGUGCGGUUGCGUUCUUGCAAGACAGAGACGACUUGAGGUCGCAAAUCAGCAUGACAAAUUUUCUGGGGCGCGCCUUUUCGAUAUGGGGAGGGGGGAUUUUUCCUUACGAUACUGCGGUGGUCAUCACCGAUAUUGGUUCCGACACGGGGAAAGCGAUUCAGCAAAUCUUCGACCCGAAGCACAGUUACGAUGAGGGUACGGGUUCAGCAAAAGCGGUGUCGGAAGUGACGCCGCACGCGAUCAAGCUGUUCAUCAACACGUUAAACAGCAUGAUCACGGCCACGCUGAACGCAAACCCGCCGAAGCUAUGAAUUGGAAAUAUGUCUGGGUCCUCUGGAAGGUGGUAACUUGUCAUGGUAAAUCUGAAGCAUACAAAAAUCUGUGCUGCAUGAGUGCCAAAAGCUGUCCACUUUCGACGACCAAGUUGGGAGGAAGUUUCUGAUGCAGGAUCAUAGGGAUGAUAGGGAUCUCACAGAAUGUCUGUCACGCUAAUUCCCGCAUUCCAGACCGCAUGGGUCAUGGAAAAUCUGCAUGACAUGGCCGUUUGCACAGGGGGAGGCAAAGUGUGUCGCACUUCUGUUUAGCAUGACAAGUUUACACUCUUCCAGACCUCCAGACACUUUUGCACUUGAUAGAAGCAGCCGAAAUACGACUGGUUCCGCGUGGAAGCGACGAUGCUCAGUGAGAGUUCCGGGACAUAUCGCAAGAAAAAACUGUUUCGCUGUGGACUUGUGAUGCAUAGAAUGGAGCACAGAACGAUUUGUCUUGCUACACCUGCAUAGAGCAUUGGAGUUUCAAGCGUGUUUCCCCUAUGGAAGAUGCGCGCUUGGCGAAUUUUCUGUGUCAUGUGUAACAAACUUCUGAUGCAGAUCUUGCAAAGCCAUCACAGUGAAACAGUUUUUUCGUCCGAUAGGACAAAAUCGGUGAAAAUCACUGGGAAAGCUGCGACGACGGUUUACGGUCGCGUGGUGAUCGCGCCCGCGAGUUCUUUAGCGAAUUCCGGUGCCAAAGUCUCUUCCGCCGUGCAAAAACGAUCCAAAGCUGUGUUUGCAGCGCAGACAGAUGCCGGCGCUGGGGCUUUAACCGUGAAGGAUGAGGACGGGAAUUUCAUGAGUUUGUUGCCCGUGAAGGAUGUUUUUUCUUGUACGAAGAAGAAUUCCAAUGGAUACGACAACGUCGACCAGUACACAGCUAUCAACUGUAAAAAUGUCUGGGUCUGGAAGAGUGCCAGACUUGUCAUGCAGGUUUUCCAUGACCCAUGAAACCUGGCAUGUAGGACAUACGGUGACAGAUUCUGGGAGAGUUCCAUCAUGCCUAUCCUGCAUGAGAAACUGCCUCUCGAUUAGGUCAAAAGUGGACAGCUUUUGGUCAGCAUGCAACACAGAUUUUUACAUCAUUCAGACCAGCCAUGCUCCGGCUACCGCCGGAGCGCAAGGCUGUUGUGCUGGGGUUUGACUAUUUGCGGAUCGGGCCGCGACACGAAAGCUUUGGGAACAGUGUGACGGACCGAGGGAACUUUGAGCGCCAUUUUGCGCGAGGUCAACUCGCAGGGCCUCCUGCGCGCUUCCCGCGCCUUUAGGCGCUAUGCGCAGGGGGCAGCUGCAGUAAACCUUGCGGGCGAAGAGAUGCCGCCCCGGCGUAGGUGCCGCAGGCAAUAAUUAGACAGAGGCCGGCGCUGCUCUUUGUUUAUCACCACCCCGCGCCCGCCCACCUGAUUCCCGGGGGAGAUAAAAGAAACUGUUGGCGCAAGAGGGUGGCGCGAGAGGGUGCGCGAGAGGCUGGUGCGAGAGGGUCCGGGCUUUUGCAUGAAAGGGCCGCAAAAAAAUCAGCCCUGUGCCGGGCGGAUUCGGGUUUUUUUACCCCUCUCGCAGAGCCUCUUUUUCACCUCUUCCGAGAGGUGUUGCUAAUAGUCCGGCUAUACUCGCCGGCAGAGGUCUACAGAGGUGGCCGAGAGGUGGCCCAGAGGGUGCGCGAGAGGUUCCCCCUUAUUCGCGCAACCUCUCGGCACCCCUGUCCCCCUCUCGCCUACCCUCUCGGGACCCUCUCGGCCACCUCCGGGCCCCAUAGGCGCGGCUUUAGGGUGAACGGUUCGGCUGGCUAUACCCGCGCCACCUCUCGGCCACCCUCUCGAAUGACCUCCCGCGCCACCUCUCCACCUCUGUCGACCUCUUUUUGACCUCUUUUGGCCUCUUUUUGACCUCUCGGCCACCUCCCUUGGACCCUCUGUAGACCUCUAUUUUCGCAUGAAUAUAAUAGAUAGUAAUUCAGCAUGACAAGUUGCAACCUUCCAGACCCAGACACUUUUGCAUUUGAUAACAGCUACUUGCGGACUGUCAAGUUCCGAUCGAUCCUUGGCGUUCACUGAGUACUUCGGGACCAGCAGUGCAGAUGGUCUCGCGGCGUUUUUGGAGACUCAAUCGUUGAGUUCAGUCGAUCCGGCGACAGGGACGUGGGACAGCUUGGCGAAUACUUUGUCGGGUGUUAGUCUGACUCAGUUCCUGACCGUGCAGUCCGGCGCGUCGUUGGUGACGAAUAGGGUCGCGCAGUCGAAAGCGUCUUUUAACAAGAUUGAGAACAACCAACUCGCCUUGUAUUUCAUCGAGUUCGAACUGUUAUUCGAAGGGAUCACUUCCUAUCCAUUGUCCUCCGCGGAUGAAUAUCCUGAGUAAAAACGUACCCACACCAGAGUUGUCAUGGAGAUUUUGCAACACAAACAUGGAAGGUUUGGGACUCACGCAUGACAAGUUGCACUCUGCAGUGUAGUGCAGGUUAGCAAGGACAGUUGCAUUACAAAUCCAUCUCCCCAUCCUGUUUACAGCAUAACAAGUUCCAAAACACGAUUGGAAAUGUGUUCAAUGGGGAUGCGCAUUACAAAUGUUGUUGCAAUUGCAAAUCUGCAUUACAACUCUGGUGUGGGUACGUUUUUACUCAGGAUAAUGAAAGUGAAUUAAUUACUUUCGGGGUUUUACCAGCUAUCCGGAAGGGAGUAACCGACUCGUUGAAAUACUACCACGUGCAGAAGCCGCGGACAGGAACCGAGGGGAAUCAGUUCGCGUUUUCAGAGCAGAGUUCGUCUGACAGUGCGCAAAUUACGGAAUUGAUGAAUACGGUGGAUUUGCGAAUCCCGGCCGCUACUUGCUUCCCGGACCCGAAAAACGAACAAAAGUCUGUAAUUCAAGUCGCGGUCCUUGGGCACGAGACGGUGGAGCGGGUCUUGUCGUUUUUGAGUUACGAGCAAUCCGCUGGGAAAAACACGAACUGCGUAACUGGUGCGGACGUCGCGGAUCUGAAAUUCUCGAAAGAGUUGCUUGACGCGUUGCAAACGACAAAUAGUGGUUCCCUCCGCUCCGGUUCUCCGUUCAAAUCCGUCGCAAAUUCCGGCGAGUUGACGAAAAUCUGCCGAACCAAUCGGGCACAGCCCAUGCCACAGACGCGAUUGGUUGGGAAGGUGGAUGUUUCCACUCUCGCGACCAAAUCGCAGUUGUCCGAUGAAAUCGAUUUACCGACUGUCACAACCGCAACACAAGACGCAGUUUCCGGCUUCAGCCGGGCGGAUUCUGUCAAUUUGGAAAGGUUGAACGUGAAAUCCAACAAGCAGAAGGGACAAUUUGUCUUCGCGAGUUCCGCCGCGAUUUCCGAUACCUUCAAUUUGAAUUCCUGGUUCCUCACCCAGGCCAGCAUGUCCGCGUUUUUGAAACCAGCAUUACUCAAAAAAAUCCGGUGCCUUGACAGCAGCUCCCACAACGUGGCUUGCAACACUCUAACUAACGCCAACGCCGACACUAUCGCGACGACCGCGAUCGCGCAGGCGGAUGGGGUGAGGGAAUACCUGCAAAUCGAUUUGGACAUCUCCGUUGGGGAGAAGUGCAGCAGCACGGACGGGACCUACUGUUCGGAAAAAGACGGGAGGUAUUACCAGAAGCCCAGGUCGGAAUCCGAGUUAAAGAACGUGUUGAAAUCAACCGUUUUAACCGUCGUGCAGCAAAACUCCGAGAAUGGAAAGUAUAAGACCCCGAGUGUCUUCUACGAACUGCUCGCGACGGACUUGUAUUCUGCGGAAGCGGUCGUCACCACUUCUACCACAACGCCUACUCCUGGGGUUUCCAAGGCGGAGUACGAUUUCGCGACGAAUGUUGGUUCCGCAUCACAGAUUGCCUUCGCGUCGAAGUCGGGAACAGGCGGACCAAAUCUCGUUUGCCACGGGCCGAUUGGUGCAGAAGCCACGGGCAGAUGGCGUGAUGUCACCGCGAACGGGAAGACGUUUAAGUCGUUGAAGUUCUUGAAAACGGGGACCAUCGAGUACUGCACGGCGUCCGCGUCGACGUUGCCAGGCGGUGCUGCUUCUCGGACGAUUAUGGGGUGGGUAAAGCCGGAAAGUUCCAGAAACGGCCCGUUUGGUUACGGAAAGGGGCAAUGCCUCAAAGCGUUCAAGAUCUUUGUCUCCGACAACUUGGUGUGGAACCUCGACAUCUACUGCGACGCGAUGAAGUUCUACGACUUCAACGACGGGGAUAAAAACCUCAACGAGUGGUACCACAUGGCGUUGAUGUGGGACGAAUCUAAGGAAAAGCACCGGGUGUACGUGAACGGGGUUCUCGUCAAGGAGGGCACAACGGACAACAGCAAUACGCCGAAUACAGAAGCGAGUAGCGGGAAAAUCUGUCUCGGUGGGAGAGUCGAUUUGUGUUUUGGUGCUUCGCACGACGAGCGGUACCAGGGGGAAAUCGCCGGGUUCGCGGUUUACGCGGGUGCGAUUUCUCUUCCGGAAGUCGUGCAGCACAUGGCGAGAACAGGGCCGCAGGGACCAUUAUCCGCGGCGCAGGUGGCAAUGCUACCCGCGGGGAGUAGCUAUGCAUUGCAAAUAUGUCUGGGUCUGGAAGGUUGGAACUUGUCAUGCAGGUUUUCCAUGAUCCAUGAGGUCUGGCAUGCAGGACAUAGCAUGGCAGAUCUGUGAGAUCUUUCUCGUGCCUAGCCCGCAUGAGAAACCUUCUCGCAAAUUGGUUAAGUAAAAAAGGAUAACUUUUGGUAACCAUGCAACACAGAUUUUUUCAGAGUCCAGAAUUGGCAUGACAAGUUGCAUCCCUCCAGACCCAGACAUAUUUGCAGUUGAUAGUAGUUCAUCUUCCGGUGCGGCUCCUGUCAAUGUCGAUUUCAACGGGGUGGUUUCGAUUUUCGUACCCAUGCCGGAGUUAGCGGGUCUUCCGAUGUACAACAAACUCUCUACCAAAUUGGAAAAAGUGAAAGCGGACAUCGAAACUGGUAUUCUCCGCCACGGGGUACCUUUGACGAAAACAAUCACGGUGAAGCAGAUCAAAUUAACCUCCGCUACUGAGUCGAUCGACAAAGAACCGGCAGUGUCUGGAUUCACUUUUCUCGAGCAGGGCUUUGUGUUGGAAGAUUUGCAACCACCGGCAAGUCAUUUCACAGCCGCGAACCCGCUGUUUGAUGAGAAAUUGGUGGAGAUGUUGCAAAAAUCCUUCUACGAAACUUUGAUCGAGGCGGUUAGCAACGGGGGAAUCACGGUAAACAACGAGAAGAUCCCGAUCGGGUUCAUCGGGGGGAGUACAGAGAACCAGGCGUUGGAAUUAACCAAAAUCGCGGUGGUUAUCCCCCCUGGGGAUGUGAAGUCGCGGAGAGUCCGUGUCACGAUUCACAAAUCCGGUUUCACCGCCUUGGAAUUGCAGAACCUUCAAGAUCUCCUCUACGUUUUCGGCGAUUUCCACGUGGGGAAGUGCGACCGGUCCAAGAGUUUUGGACUUGAAUCCUUCGUUUCCGCCUGGACGGUGAAAUUCCGGGCGAAGAUCAACGAUGUGGCUUCUUCUGCGACUAGCAGUGCAAAUUCCAUCAAAUUCGACAUGAACCCGCUGGAAGCGGUGGAUCUCUCCCCGGACUUGACCCGGCCGUCGGCGUACUUGUUGCCGCAGAAGCUGACGUUUUGGUCCUUAACCACUACCUCCAACUUUCGGUUCACGGUGACAACGCCGAGUGGGGAUAUCGGGUCGGUGACUAGAGUGGCGACGAAGGCGGGGAUCAUCGCUAUCAUGCAAAAGGCUUUGGCCAUGUCGUUCUUCCGCAAAACCGGUGGUGUGCUCCGGUUCGCUCCGUCGCACAUCGCAAUUGAGCAGGUUGGGGAAGUGGCUUCCGAUAUCAACUGUAAAAAUGUCUGGGUCUGGAAACUUGUAAUGCUGCGUUGGGAAUACUGAAUGCUCUGUAAUGCACAGCCAAGCAUGAGAAAUAUCUGCGCCUCUUUGUGUUGCGUGUUUCGCAUGACAAACUGCGUUUUUGUAUGACAGGCAGAAGGGUCUCUUCUUGGACACGCAUCACAACCUUUUUGGUCAUGCCAGACAAGCAUGACAAAUCGCGCAAUCGUCCAGACCCAGACAUUUUUGCAAUGCAUAGCCGAUAUCUCCUCCGGGAGGGCCGGGGACAUCGACACCUACUCGAUUGUAUCCAAUGCAAAAAUGUCUGGGUCUGGAAGAAUGCAAGACUUGUCAUGCACGUUUUGCGUGACCGGUGAUAUCUGUGAUGCCUGCCCCAGCAUCACAAAUUUUUUGCGGGCGUUCUGAUGCGUAUCCUGCACGACAAACAAUGUCCUCUCCGUGUAGCACAAAAUCGAAUCCUCUUUCUGGUCAUGCAACACAGAUUUUUUUAGAAUCCGAAAACAGCAUCAGAAGUUGCAUCCUUCCAGACCCAGACAUUUUUGCAUUUGAUAGAUUGCUGCUGGGAAGAUUAAGAUCGGAAUCCCCAUGGCGGCGGACCCGGCGCUGUCGUUGCAGUGGGAGUCGAACGAAUUCACGAAUUUGAUGAAAUCAGAACUAGAAAAGGCGUUGAAACAAGUUUCCGCCGCGGUUGCGUCUUCUACCUUCCUUUGGCUUGGGCUCGAGGACUUAACUACCUUGACUUCAGGGAUUUCGAAGUGGAGUAAAACGGAAUAUUUAAGUGUCGAUCUGCAACUAAACAACGUCGGGAACCACGAAAAAGCGCCCUACACGGAUUUUGUUGUCCCGCUGACCAAAGUCGCUUAUUCUCGCGCUGUCGCCGCGAAGUUCCCUGCGGCGGUCGGGAAGUUGCCGGGGGUAUCGGAAACUGGGCAGGGAAGUCUUCAGGCGAUUUCCGGUAUGUUCUUCCAGGAGAAUUGUACCAGUUUGGAUGAAAUUCAGUCCACCUGCGUCUCCCAAACCACGACGGAUAAGAAGCAACUGCUCGCGAAUCACACCGGUUUACUAGUCACGCAGAUCCUACCAGAACUUGAUUCCGACGCUGGCAUGGGCGCGCUGGCGUCGAGUGGGACUCUCGCAAGUAUCCGGGAUUAUUUGAAACCUGCGGCGAAUGCUGGGAAUACAAAGGACCAAGUUUCUGUAGUUGCUGCAACUGAUUUCACGACGGAUUUGAAGCAACAGUUAGCGGACUUGCAAUUCCCAGAAAAACUCUACACCAACGCAUCCGAGUACAACGCAAACGCCUUCAAGCUGCAGCAGUCGGGGACAGGCUCUUACUCUCAACCCGCGAAGACGGAUCUGAGUCUUUCGACCUUGUAUUGUGAGGAAAAAUCCCCCCUCCCCAUAUCGAAAAGGUACGUCGCGGAAAAUUUGCAAUUGUGAUUUGCGACUACAAAUCAUCUCUGUCUUGCAAGAAGGCGACUCCACAGACAACCGCCGCACUAUGCAGGCGGUUUGUGAUGCUGGUGGGCCUACAGCGCAGACGUUUCUCAUGCUAAGAGCCUAGUUGUCCAAAACCUCGCCCAGGCUUUGUAUGGGCCUGCAGCCCUCUCCAGCAAGACAAAUCCGAUCUGUGUACGCAAAUCCAGCGCCACAGACUUCGUUUUGAUGUGGGGUGGGGGGAUUUUUCAUUUUGAUACCUUGAGCAAGAAACUCCCAGUAGUUUUCGCUCAAGUUCGGGGGAGGGUGGCAUUAACCCGGCACAAAGGUGGGCAAGAGCCAUUGGUCGCAAUUGCGGCGGAGGAGGCGGAUAUUGUGAAGCAGUUGGAGAGUCAGAUGGAGUCGUUUUUGCUUUCCAACGACGGCGGGGCGAUCCGGAGGGUGAAUGUGUUGCAGAGCGGGGUGGAUUUUUACAAGCAGAAUGCGUCUUCUACUGUGCCUGCGUCGACUGAUAAAAUCGCGCAAAUCAUGGAUUACAGCGGGACAACCACCGGUGAUUCCUACAGCUCGAAGAGAUCCGCUUCUUUCAAUGAUGAAAGUACCACGAACGUGAAGCACGACGGGACUUACCAUGACUAUUACGCGCACAAGGAAUUCAUCGCCGCGAGCGUGUACAAUCGUUCCUCCAACGCGUCUCAUGUUCUCUACGACACCACUGUGGUGGUACAAUUAAGGAACCAGGAAGCGUCUAAGGUAGCUCACAUUCUCCACGACAUGGAAAACUUCUACCCGACUUACGUUUCCGCCGAGAUGUUUUCCGGGCCGACCUGUAUCGACUACGCGACUUAUCCUGAGUAAAAGCGUUCACACACGACCAGAGUCAAGGUGGGAAAUCUGCUAGACAAAUCGGUCAGCUUUUGCUGUUGCGCAUGACAAGCGUGGACAACUCGUAGCGUAGUCCUGUUCAGCUUGUUCAGAAGCUGCAUCAGAGAGCUCGCGCAUCAUGCUGAUUCGAGCAUCACAAAUUAUCCCAAAACACGAAUAGAAAAGCCUCUCAUGGGUCUUCCCAUGAGAAACAUUGUCAGCAUGCAGAUUUGCAUUACAACUCUGGGAUGGGGACGUUUUUACAAACGAUACGACUUCGCUUGGUCAGGGCGCGGACGAGAUGAAAUCCGCUGGCUGGACGAUCCGACCGGAGAAUGAGCUGAUCGGCCCGAAAACGGACUUGAACUUCCAGGGGAAGUACGUGUUUGAGCCGAAGGAAGACCCGACUUUCAGCGGUUCGGGGAUGCCAGUGUCGCAAUCGUACGUGUAUGUCAAUCCGCCCGACGGUCACGAGGGGAAAGCGCAUGGGGACGUUCCGCAAAGGUGCUACCGGAAAGUGAUGAUGGGAAACAUCUUGAACGUGAAAUAUCUUGCCACCGGGUACCGGAACGCGGAUGGGACGCAGAAGACCGCCGAUACGAUUCUGGGCCAAUCCGAGGCGAAAUCUGGGGAGGGGAUCGUGUGGGAGGCGACUUUGUACGGCACCGGGGUGAUUGAGAUUCAGUUCGGAAAUUGCCAAGACUACAUGAAUCCCAACCACAACAACAAACCCCCGCCGGCGAUGUGUAACUGCGUGCAGAUCGCGAACCAGGGGGACAUGAACAAGGAGUGGUGUCAGACGAAUGAAUUGAAAUCCAACGGGUACUGUAAACAGGAUUGUCCCUGCGCCUGCACUUACCACACCCACACCGGUCCGCCGAACGACUGCGAGGGGAGUGAGGUCCGAGUAUUCAUGGAUGGGGAACUGAAAGGCACCGCGUGGUAUCAAGAAGAAAAAUCCUCCCUCCCCAUAAUCAAAAACGAAAUUUGUCAUGCUGUAUUUGAGUACACAAAUCGGCUUGUAAUGCCAGAAAGCCAAGAGCCGCACUUGUGGCCUCGUUUGUAGGCAAUUUGUCAUGCUCUUUCCCACUUCCAGUUGCUCUCUGUCAUGCUGAAGGCGCAAGGCUUUCCCACGCCAGCCAGCACUACACUCCGCACGUCUGUCCUUCUAGCAUGACAAAGCUGAUUUGUGACCACAAAUACAGCAUCACAAAUUUCGUUUCCGAUAUGGGGAGGGGGGAUUUUUCUUUUUGAUACAUGGCCCAUGAUGUUCAAAACGGUGAAAAUCCCCUUCAACCACGGCUCUCUUCUGAAGAUCGAGGGGCUAAAUGGGUACUACCACAACCAACAAAUCAAUCACCGGAGCGCGCCCUCGCCCAUGAUGACCGUGUACGACAUCAAAUACGAGUCCUGCCUCCCGUAUAAACCGUCGAAAUACUCCCUAACCGUGACGAACCACGAGAACGACAAUUAUCAAAAGCAAUCCUACUUCGGGGCGAGCUUGCUGUCGGCUAUCGGUGCGGAGAUGGUGUUGCCGAUAAAGCCGAAAGAUAGUAGUCAAUUCGUUAUUAUCAAAUGUAAAAAUGUCUGGGUCAGGAAGAAUGCAACUUGUCAUGCUAAAUCUGGAUCAUGUAAAAAUCUGUGUUGCGUGAUUACCAAAAGCUGUCCACUGUUGACCUAAUCGGGAGGCAGUUUCUCAUGCAGGUUAGGCAUCACAUAACUCUCACAGAAUCUGUCAUGCUCUGUCCUACAUACCAGACCUCAUAUCCAUAUGUCAUGGAAAACCUGCAUGACAAGUCUGGCUUUCUUCCAGACCCAGACAUUUUUACAGUUGAUAGUUAUCACGACUUCCUCCACGGAUUCGAAUGGAGUGGUCACGGAAACGCAAACCGCGGAUGUGGAGAAGUUUUUGAAAGAGGCAUUGCUGCAAGAGCAGACUUUGGCGUAC